AUGCCUGUCCUGAUGAGUCCGGAGAUCGCCUCCAGGUUUAAGGAUAAAUGGCUGAAACUACAGCCGGAGAACCCGGACACCGCAGCCGGGUCAGUGCACCUGGACGACAGCCUGACCAGUCUCCACUGGCUUCAGAACUUCUCCAUCCUCAGCACUAACUCGGAAAGACCCACCGGCACCGGCUCCGGUUGCCCCGCACAGCACCUGCUCUCCUACCACCAGCGCCUGUACCCCCGGGGCACCGACUCCCCGUCUAGCCCUCCAGCCGGGGACACGGCCGCUACCGGGAUGCCGCUCUGCCUCGGGAGCCCCGUUACCUCUGGCAGUAACUCCACCGACGCGCGUUUGGUGAAUUACCCACACCACCAAACCACAACCUACCCUCACCACAACCACCAAAUCACGACGCAGAUCAUCCCACCUGAGGAGAUUGACUUUAAAACGAACCCCAAAGUCAAACCGCCUUAUUCCUACGCCUCUCUCAUCUGUAUGGCCAUGCAGGCCAGCAAGAAGCCCAAGGUGACUCUUUCCACCAUCUAUAACUGGAUCACAGACAACUUCUGCUACUACAGACAUGCUGAGCCCAGCUGGCAGGUAAAUGACCUGGCUCUCCUCUGUUGGUCUAUUAUUGAUUAGCUAAAUGGGACAGGGAGAGACGAGAUAGGGAGAAGGGGGGGGGGGGGGGGGGGGGGGGGGGGGGGGGGGGGGGGGGGGGGGGGGGGGGCAGAAGGGUUGCCACAUGCAUACUAAACCUGUUGUUUUGUUGUAAGAAUAUUAAUACACUUAUAGAAAAUACACUUAAAACACAUUUAUCCUAUUAUUUAUCAUAAUCUUCCAGUCUAACAGUAACUUAUAAUGUAUUCUAUUAGGUAUGACACAGCUUGACUAGCCUAGUCAUAUUCAUUUUGAUUUACAUUUCUAAUCACUGAACAUGUCUGCAAUUUCUACCCUCCAAGAGAUCUCUGUCAGGCUUCUUUCUCAGGGGGUCAGGCACAAGUGCUCUACUGCUCCAGGGAGGGGUGUGCAGCGAGGGGUGUGUGUGUGUGUGUGUUAAUGAGGAUCGCUGUGAGAGCUCCCUUGGCAGCCAAGCACGGCUGAUCAUGUUUAAAAUGCACAGAAUUCUACACUAGAAAGCCUCAUUAGGUGCAUUUGAUUUCCUACGCAAACAACAACAAUACCUCCUCCCCCUUAAAUGCCUUUCUCUCUCUCUCUUUCUCUCUCUCUCUAUUUGACACACACAAACACACACCAUUCAUACAUUAUAUUAAAUUAGAACACAUUCAACAUGGAUUUAACAUAUUUGUUUCUUCUCCGCUCGUCCUCACAGAACUCUAUCCGCCAUAACCUCUCGCUCAACAAGUGCUUCAUGAAGGUGCCGCGGCAGAAAGAUGAACCAGGGAAAGGAGGCUUCUGGCAGAUCGACCCUCAGUACGCUGACAUGUUCGUCAACGGAGUCUUCAAGAGAAGGAGAAUGUCCUCCAACCACUACAACACCCACAGGCAGAGCAAGCUCCUACACAACCAGGAAACUGGCUACCACAGAGCCACUCAGCGGAGGCAAGAUGGCUACCACUACCAAGGAGCUGGAGCCGGCAACAAGCGUAAACAACCUUCUCCAAGGCAAAACAGCAAGAUGGCGCGGACACCCAAAUCUCCGCUGUUAGCCACGGAGGCCCACAGCGCAGAUGUAGUUCUGAGGGGAGACUUUGACCUGGCGUCUGUGUUUGACGACGUCCUCAGUGGAAACUGCAGUACAUUCGAAGACCUGGACAUCAACACUGCUCUGAGCUCCCUGGGCUGCGAGGUGGACCUGACCCUGCAGGAAAGGCACUCUGCUGGGUUGGGGAGGUGGUGUGGAGAGGGGGACAACCAGACCCAGACCCCGAACCAGACCCACCACUCUUACGGCUACAUGGAGCUGAGUGGCUCAGUGGGAUGUAACAGUAGUAACAUAGGGGACCUUUACGUUCAACAGCAGCAGCUGAACCAGGAUCAGUUGUUACAGACUCACCUGCACCAGUUUGAGGAGGUGACUCUGUUCCCAGAGCAGCAGGAGGUGCACCCCUGGGAGGAGAUGAAGGAGGAAGCGCAGGCCACCCCUCAGACUCUGGAUCAGGGCUUUGGGCUGUGUGAAGGAUUCUUCUCAGAGAUACAACCCUGGGAGAGGGCUGAGGCCUACCUGUGA